ACAUCUUUGUUCUGUGGCACAUAAUCCGUGGUUGAGGCGGUAGUGGUAGUGUUUAUGAUUUAAUUGAAGUCCGUAUUAAUCGUGGGAAAUGGCAAGCUCGAAUUCGGCUACUUUUCAGCCGGAUUCAGACGUUCACAUCUCUUAUGACGACCAGCAAAAGAUAAAUGAAUUUGCAAGACAUAAUGCAAGGCUCGAAGAUUAUAAGGAUGAACUAAAAUCAAAGCAGAACCAAUUGAAGAAUUUGGAGGAGGCGUGUGAUGAAUUGACGCUAAUGGACCCAACGGAAUUUGUUCCAUAUUUUAUGGGUGAAGUUUUCAUCAAUCAAGAUAUUGAACAAACAGAGAAAAUGUUGGAGGAAGCCAAAAACAAGAUAUUAUCAGAAACAAAGGAUUUGGAGGAUAAAUGCAGUAAUAUAAAAAACCAAAUGAGUGAACUGAAAACUUACCUUUAUGCUAAAUUUGGAAAUCACAUAAACCUUGAAGCAGAUGAUGACUGAGCCAUUCCCUGUGAGAUAUUGUUUGUACUUACAUUUUCUUGUUUUACACUGUCAUACGUGCUGAUAUUUGUUUCAAAAGAACACUGUGCUUCAUUUUUUGUAGUCCCUGAGUGAACUGCAAUGUAUGAUUAAACAAAAGUAUUACUUCUCACAUUAUAAACACUGUUUCACUUUAUUUUAAUAUGUGCUAUAUUUGAACUUUAUCAUCUGAGAGGAGUGAUGUCCAUGAUGAUACCUUCCAAAUUGACUUCAUAUAUAUACUCUUAUUUUUAGAAAAAUAUGUGCUAGAAUAAUAAGUGCUUAAUAGUGCUACAUUUGUCAUACAUUUGCCUGUUAUGCUAAAUAAUUUUGAUUUGCAAAGAAUUGUUAUUCUAUGUUAGGAAAUAGCUAUGUGUAAAUAGCUGACUUAUACUCGGAACACCCUGCAAUAUUAAUUGCAUUUCUGCAUCCUUUUCUCUAACCUUAAAAAAUAAACUUGAAAGCUAGUUUGAAU